GCUCCUCACUCGGGUCGGACGGGCUCAAGAAGGCUUGACCCUAAGUAGUCACGCUAGGAAACCCCAGGUCGGAGGAGAACAAUAAAGCGGAGUUCAGCACCAUAAGCCAAAGGCUGAUGAAAGAGUGCGCAGGGGGCUCUGCAUUGUCCCCUAGAGAGCUCUGAGCGAUUUAGACACCUGCUUUGUGCCCAGAAGAAGCCGGGUGGUAUGUUGAGGUAAAGCUCGUCAAACAGAUGCCACUAGUUUGGCUGGGAAGUCUGGAGGAAGAAACACUGGGCUGGCAAAAGAAAAAGAGUUUGGAGCUCACUCUGAUGCUUACUAGCUAUGUGAUCCUGGUGACUAAAAGAGAAGAAGUAAAAAUAAUUAUCGUGAAACACUACAGAAUAGGUCUAGAUGAAAAAUAUGAAGUAACCAAAAAGUGGUCUUUGAAUGAUCUGGAGAUGAUUGAUGGAAAAGAAGCUGAUACUGAUAACCCAUUUUUUGAUCUGCAUUUCAAGAAAGUUUACAGAUUGGAAGCUUAUAGUUGUGCUUCUAAAUAUGCCUUUGCCCGAACUGUAAACAAGCUGAAUCAUGCUUAUCUUAAAAAGGAAUUACAAAUUGUGAACUUUGAUCCUACCUACAUAAAUGAUGAUUCAAUUUGGUCUUCCAACAACAAGGACUGUUUAGUACUUAUGAGAAUAUGCUUCUAUGCUUUCAAUCUCUUGUGUCUCUCUCUGUGUCCUCUGCCACUUUGACACCAAAUGUUGCUUUCAUUCACCAGCUUCCUAUUUUUAAAAAUCACCAUGUUAAACAUUGAUACUCAAAUUUGCUCACCCCCUUUAUUAGUAACUGUAUUUCUAUGGGAAAAUAGCAAAUCAAUUAAAUGAAGUAAAAUCUGUUUACUUUUUGCUA